AGGGCGGGAGGAGAUUAAGUAUGUCCGUGGACUUGGACUUCCUAGACGAGGUAGCCGUCUUUUUAGACACUGUGCCACCCGUGAUCACGCCGCGUAACUCAGCGAGAGAAAAUGAGUACCAGCAACUUGUUGUGGGUGCGGCGUUGUCGAACAGCGAGUCCUUGGAGGUUCUCGAUUCAUCGUCGGAUGAUCUCGUGUCAGCAGACCAAUUCAGCGAGAAUGAAGCGACGUCAGUGAGGAAGACGAAGAAUACUGACAAACAGAAAGGUGAUAACCGCCGCAAGAGAUACCGAGAACGUGUCAAGAAUGUACGGAUUGAACUGACGUGUAUGAAGGAAGAGCUGACGUUGCGAUUACAAGAGUUAAUUGAGGCUCGGGAGCGCAAGAAGUCCAAUGCGCGAACAGAUCUGACACUAUCUAAGACCUUCUGGUACGACCUGGCAACCCAGCAACAGCAAAAACGACAACGUUCUGAGAUGGAACACAGACGUCUUGUAGCUGCAGUCCAGUCGCAAAAUUCCUACAUUGACAAUCUCUGCAACGUACUGCGUGUACGAAAUGCUGACAGUGACAUCCAGGCAUUUAAAUGGCUUCGUCUGAAAUCCUCCGAUGCAUCACUGUACCAAGUGUAUCUGAAAGAGGUAAACGACAGCUAUGCAAGCACCGACCAAGUGUUCCAAGAGUGUGGAAUGGCCUCACUACCUAUAGGCACUGUCAGCAAGUUCCACCGUCUCGGCCAAGGAGAGAUCCAGUCCACUCAGUAUGUACACAAGCUCUUGCUGCCCUUCAGCUUUGAAGAUACCUGCAAUAAUAUGUGGAAGACUGCCAAGUUGCCACAUCGACAGAUAGACCGCGAGGUUUACGAAGACGUGGGGGAUGCAGACAACACCGUUGGGUUCAAAAUCCGUCUCAAUAAGACUCUCACAUCCGGGUCGAGUGUGUCAAUAUUAAAGCGUGUCUUAUCACGGAGAUUUCAAGACGGAGAUCGAGCGGUACAUGUGCAUAGAAUUUUCUCCGAGGGCGAAGGGAUUUUCAGCGGCCUGGAUUCCGACGAGACUGCUUGGUCCAGCGUUCGGCCUUACUCGGACGAAACAAGAACUGGAACUUUGAUCGAAGUUUGCUCUCGACAAAUGUAUGUGCCCUUCAUCACAGCCAACCCCGAAGCUUCAACUGUGAAAGCAUUCAAGGAUACCAUGCAAAAUGCGAUCAAAGAAGACGAGCGUGAGAUCAUCAAAACUCUAGAGAAGCUACUGCUUGAUGACACGUUGGCACAGAUUGGUAUUUAAGCAUGAGCGUGAGGCUUGAGCGUGUAGGUUUUCAGUGUUUCAUUGCUUAGAACGCUUAAAAUCAUCUCAAUGGGAUUGCUGGAUAGCAAAGAUUCGAUCCUAGAAUAUCGAAGAGCAUGGUUUCAAGCGAGAUUUCGCGGAGAAGAUUGAUUAUCCGAACUCUGCCACGUUUCAGGCACGACAGAGCUCAUGAAGCACCUUAGGCAAUGAACGAC